ACAACAACAAGCUGUAUUUUCCUCUGUAGUGUUUACUCAGACAAUAUAAUCAAUGAGUUAGUCGCGUCUCGACAUGCGAUAACGUUUUAAUAUAAGUAUUAUCUUCAGUCGUCUCGUAAUUCUUUGUGUGAACAAUGAUAUCAGUGUUUAGACUUCAUUUCAGUGCAGUGUUAGUUAUAGAAAGUUGUUAUUGGAGUUAGAACCUGUAUUUACAUCGAAACAACUAUGCCAAAUGCGUUCGUUGACCUAUUGUUGAUGAAAAAAUAACGUGAUUUAAAUAUCGAUACAAGGCUGUAUGUGAAGUCGCUUUGUAGUUAAAACAAUGAAAUUAAAAAUAGACAGAGGGCUCCUGCCCAUAAAGGCGCACUUUUUCUUUUUUUUCGCGGCCCUGGGCCCGAUACUUCCACAGAUCAAUGUGUUCGGACGACAGCUGGGAGUGUCUCCCUCAGUCAUGGGGAUGGUGACAGCAGUCCUACCACUCUUGUGGGCAGCUGCAAAACCUUUGUUUGGUUAUAUUGUGGAUUUCUGGCCGGCACACAGAAAACUAGUCUUCAUGCUACUUAUAACGAUAAUGACGGGAUCAUACUGCUGCCUCUGGUUUCUACCUAUGCCAGAACCAAAGACUGACACCAAACUAUUAGAAUCCGUCUAUCGCCUAAACGACACGAUAUAUUUAAAACAAAACACAAACGACAGUUCGUUAGAAAAAUACAAAUGUCAUUGGAACUGCACUUUGGCGGGAAAUUUUGACGUUUACCUGUCAGAUACGCCAUUUGUAACCACAGUGUAUAUAGACGAUGUAGUUUCUAAUACAUCCUGCUCUGUUUUGUCUAUGGAUUUUGAUAAUAUUCAAAAUGGCGAUGUUAUGUGUUUACCGAAAGAUAAUUGUAAUUUACUUUGUUAUGAGAAUGAGAGUGAUAUUGGAGGGAAUAAGACUAGAAGAAGUGUUGAAGAUUUAAAUGGAAAUAGUACUUUAAGUGCUGAUGAGAAGAAAAAUGAUAAUUUUUAUAUGACUGCUGCAUUCUGGGCGUUCGUUAUUUUAAUGUGUAUUGGUACCGUUGCGUUCAAUGUAGCCAAUUGUAUUGGUGAUGCUGUCUGCUUCGAUGUUCUUGGGCCGGAUCGAGGCUCGAAAUACGGGGCCCAAAGAGCUUGGGGUACCGCGGGGUAUGGUUUGACAGCAUUAUUGGGUGGGUGGUUGAUUGACAGUGUAUCUGGUGGCAAGGAGUACAAGGACUUCACUCCAGCAUUCGUGGUGGCUUUAAUAGCGACCGCCAUAGAUUUAUACAGCUGUCGAGCUCUUACUUUACCCUCUCUAUCAAGCCCUGAAGACUCCGGCAAAGCGUUGCGCGAUGUCCUGAAAAUACCUAAAGUCAUAGUUUUCAUAAUAUUCGCGGUUGUAGCGGGAACAUUCGACAGUUUCAUCAUUUAUUAUAUGUUUUGGUGUAAAAUAAUAAAACGUUUUGGAUACGGUACCACUUUAACAGUCUCUCUGCUGUGUUACGGGAUCAGAAUGAUCUGUAUAUCACUCAUACAGAAUCCUUGGCAUCUUGUAUUUGUUGAGGGUAUACUCCAAGGUCCCACAUACGCGCUAUGCUACUCUACUAUAGUUGGGUAUGCGGCCCAUGUGGCUCCUGAAGGAUAUUCAGCCACUGUGCAAGGCAUCGUGGCUGGCAUGGACGAUGGAGUAGGUUUUGCUAUAGGAUCCUUAGUAGGAGGUCAACUGUACAGUUGGCUAGGAGGCCGGACCUCUUUCAGGGUGCUAGCGGUUACUGCCAUCAUAGGAUCAGGCAUACACGCGGUCCUAUUCGCUGUUGUAUCGAGAAGCGACGAGAGAGCAGCUCAAAAAACUUUAGAGGCUACUCCUGAAGCGCAAAAGAUGCUACAGGAACGCAGUAACGCCAUCUACAAUGACACCGUGGUACCACUGAACGGUGAAGAGAAGUUUGAUAGGUAACGUCAAUAGAUGGCGUUAGUUUGUAUUGUAAUGUUUUUGUUGAACAUUUUUUGUUUUUUGUAAAUGUUAUUUAAUGUAUUAGCAGAAGGUUUUUAAAGUGAUAGAUAAAUGAGUGUUUUGAAUAAACUUUUUUCUGCAUAAGUGGUAUGGCUUACUCAACUGGUUUGAAGCUAUUUUAAGGGCCAAUAAAUAAAAAAUAAAGUUUUUUUACAAAAUAAUCUCAUAAAAACCUGUAAAAUCUUCAGCUAAUAUAAUAAAUACCAGUUUAUAUAAGCUACAUACGUAAAAGAAUCAAAAUAGAUUUGUAUUUCAGCAAUAAAUUGUGCCAUUUCAUGAAAAAAGUCAAGAAUAAAAAAUUUUUUUUAUUUAUUUUUAGUCAGCCAAGUCCUUUAGUGUACAAGUAAGGCAAUAAAGAUUGAUUCAGUACAGAAGUCUUAGUAUGAAUUUCAUUUACAUUUAAAGUAUUCGAAAUGAGUUCGCG